GAAGAAGAAGGGGAAAAGAUUUUGUAUUACUUUCUUGAUUGAAAAAAUGGCAUCAAACGAAGCUGGAAGGCCAUUGCCAAAAUUCGGAGAAUGGGAUGUGAAUGAUCCUGCGACGGCUGAUGGAUUCACGGUGAUAUUUAGCAAAGCCGGUGAAGAUAAAAAGACCGGACAGAGUUCGACGAAGACGAAUUCACAAAGAAGAAAACAAGAUGGUGAUAAACCAACGGCCAAGAAAUGGCUCUGUUUCACUUUUGCUUGAUUUUUUUUUUUUUUUGUGUAAAUUUAAACCCUAAGAGAAUCUUAGCUUUGAGCCUCUUGACAACUUUUGUGUUAGAACUUUUGUCAAUUUGUUUCCUAAUGUGUUGGGUUUUGGCGUUUGGUAAUCUUUUUACCAACAAAAUGGUAACGGUUACUCAUAAAAAAAAAUGAA